UCAGAAACCAGGAAAUGGCCCAGGAGGUGUUGUUGACAGGGCUGCUCGUGUGGAAGUUCAGACAGAGCUGGUGAUCCAGAGACUGGACGGCUCUCCAACUGCAUUGAGCAUCAUGAGCCGGGAACAAGGCGUCUGUUUCGACCCCAAAGAGCACCAGCAUCUGCGCUACAACCCACUGCGAGACAGCUGGGUUCUGGUAUCGGCCCACCGGAUGAAGAGACCCUGGGCCGGUCAGGUGGAGAAACCCUCUGAGGAGCACAUACCCAGAUAUGACCCCCACAACCCACUUUGUCCUGGGAACACACGAGCAAAUGGAAAGGUAAAUCCAAACUAUGAAAGCACCUUUGAGUUUGAAAAUGAUUUCCCCGCUCUUCAGCCAGAUGCUCCAGAUCCUGGUUCAGAUCAACAUCCAUUAUUUCAGACUAAAGCCGCCAGGGGCGUUUGUAAGGUCAUGUGCUUCCAUCCCUGGUCUGAUGUCACCCUCCCACUUAUGAAGAACCAAGAGGUUGUAAAGGUGAUCGAUAAGUGGGCAGAGCUUGUGGACGAACUAGGUGUUACGUAUCCGUGGGUUCAGAUCUUUGAGAAUAAGGGUGCAACGAUGGGCUGUUCUAACCCUCAUCCUCACUGCCAGGUGUGGGCCAGCAACUUUCUGCCGAAUGAGCCGACCCUAUCAGACCGCUGCCAGAGAGCGUACUAUCAGAAACACGGAGAGCCGCUGCUGCUGCAAUACGCAAAACAGGAGGCUUCCAAGAAGGAGCGUGUGGUGGUGGAGAAUUCUGAUUGGCUGGUAGUGGUUCCAUAUUGGGCGACGUGGCCCUACCAGACACUGCUGUUGCCACGACGACAUGUUCUCAGAAUCAACGAACUGACGAGAGAGGAGAGGGAGGGUCUGGCAGACAUCAUGAAGAGCCUGUUGACCAAAUAUGACAAUCUGUUUGAGGUUUCUUUCCCCUACUCCAUGGGCUGGCAUGGAGCCCCAACUGGCCCCCAUUUAAAAGAGGACAAUGCCCACUGGCAGCUUCAUGCUCACUACUACCCUCCCUUGCUGCGUUCAGCCACAGUUAAGAAGUUUAUGGUGGGGUAUGAGAUGCUUGCCCAGGAACAAAGGGAUCUUACCCCUGAACAGGCUGCAGAGAAGCUAAGGAACCUGCCAGAUGAGCACUACAAAACCAGAGAGAACCGGGAAAAAGGAGUAAUGCAAGAAAAAUAAGGGUGAAACCCCCGAUGCAAUGGAAGGAACAGCUUUGUUUAAAGGCAAUCUCCACCAAGAGUGUGUGGUGUUGUAUUUCUCUGCAGGAACUUUCCCUCAUCAGCUGUAAUUCCCUCAAUUCUUCUUAUUUUGCUGUUUUCUGGUUCCAACUUCAGGGAAGAGUUUGUGCAGACACUAACUAACGACACCAUACAGAUGUGAGGAAAACAAAAACAUAACAAUCAAUUCACCUCAUCGCUUCCGACCUUGAACUUUGAACACACUUUGAACACACACACACACACACACACACACACACACACACACACACACACACACACACACACACACACACACACACACACACACACACACACACACACACACACACACACACACAGGCUUUCAGAACAGGUCAGUAAAGUUAAAAUCAAUCGUCCCCUGACAGAGGGGCUUGUGAGCUUGUUCUGCAUUAUUUCUCAGAUUCCCUGCUUUCUUGUGUGAUUUACUGGAGCUGUGAACGUUUGGUUGCACCUGUGGACGUAUGGGCCAAGUCUGAAUGUAGCAUUUGCAAACAGUGACUGCAUAAUAUGCCUUUAAGCCACAGUAUACUUUUUUUUGGACACAAAAUGUGCAUUUAUUUGUGUUGAAAAGCACUGUACAAAAAAUAUUUUAAAGUGCCUUUGCAGACUCUGACCUGAUCUGUAUUUAGGCAGCAUAUGUCCAUUUUUGAUAUGUUAGUGUGUGCACAAAUCUGGUUGUUCAUUCUUCACAAUGAUUAUGAACAUAAAAUAAAAUGUGGUAUCUUGAAUUUAAAUAAA